AAGUUUCAGUCAGAACUCUUACCUCAUGAUACACCAGAGGACUCACACAGGAGAGAAACCAUAUGAAUGUCCAGAGUGCGGGAAAGCUUUUAGUUGGAAUUCUGACUUGGUGAGACACCAGAGGACUCACACAGGAGAGAAACCCUAUGAGUGUCCGGUUUGUGGGAAAAGUUUCAGUUGGAAUUUUGACCUGGUGAGACAUCAGAGAACUCACACAGGAGAAAAACCAUAUGAAUGUCCAGUUUGUGGGAAAAGUUUCAAUCAUAAUUGUAACCUUGUGCAACACCAAAGUACCCACACAGGAGAAAAACCAUAUGGGUGUUCAGAUUGUGGGAAAGCUUUCAGUUGGAAUUCUGAUCUAGUGAAACACCAGAGGACUCACACAGGAGAGAAACCAUAUGAGUGCCCAGAUUGUGGGAAAAGCUUUAGUCAUAAUUCCUACUUGGUUAUACACCAGAGAACUCACACUGGGGAGAAACCGUAUGAGUGUCCAGAUUGUGGGAAAAGUUUCAGUAAUAAUUCUAACCUUAUCAAACACCAGAGGACUCACACAGGAGAGAAACCAUAUGAGUGUCUAUACUGUGGGAAAAGUUUCAGUCAGAACUCUUGCCUGGUGAUACACCAGAGGACUCACACGGGUGAGAAACCAUAUGAGUGUCCGGAUUGUGGGAAACAUUUCCAGCAGAAUUCCAAUCUGGUUAUACACCAGAGAAUUCACACAGGACAGAAACCGUAUGAGUGUCCAGACUGUGGGAAAAGUUUUUGUCGAAACUCCAACCUGGUGAUACACCAGAGGACUCACACAGGAGAGAAACCAUAUGAAUGUCCAGAUUGUUGGAAAAGUUUCAGUCGUAAUUCUGCCCUACUGAUUAUGCAUCAGAAGAUCCGCACUGGUGAAAAACCAUACAAAUGCUCCGAAUGUGGUGAAGUUUUUCACUACACUUCCCAACUUAUUCAGCAUAAAAGAACCCAUAUUGGAGAAAAGCCCUACCAGUGCCCACAGUGUGGCAAAAAGUUUAGUAAGCAUGCCACGCUGGUGAUACACAAGCGGACACACACUGGAGAGAAACCAUUUGAGUGUCCAGAGUGUGGGAAAAGUUUCAGUCGGAACUCUUACCUGGUGUUACACCAGAGAACUCACACAGGGGAGAAACCAUAUGAGUGUCCAGAUUGUGGGAGAAGUUUCAGUCGGAACUCUUACCUGGUGAUACACCAGAGAACUCACACUGGAGAGAAACCAUAUGAGUGUCCAGAUUGUGGAAAAAGCUUUAGUCAUAAUGCCUACUUGGUUAUACACCAGAGAACUCACACUGGGGAAAAACCGUAUGAGUGUCCAGAUUGUGGGAAAAGUUUCAAUAAUUAUUCUAACCUUGUGAAACACCAGAGGACUCACACCGGAGAGAAACCAUAUGAGUGUCUAUACUGUGGGAAAAGUUUCCAGCAGAAUUCCAAUCUGGUCAUGCACCAGAGGACUCACACAGGGGAGAAACCAUAUGAGUGUCCAGAUUGUGGGAAAAGUUUCAGUCAGAAAUCUUGCCUGGUGAUACACCAGAGGACUCACACUGGGGAGAAACCAUAUGAAUGUUCGGAUUGUGGGAAAAGUUUCAAUAAUAAUUCCAGCCUUGUGCAACACCAAAGGACUCACACAGGAGAGAAACCAUAUGAGUGUCUAUACUGUGGGAAAAGUUUCAGUCAGAACUCUUGCCUGGUGAUACACCAGAGGACUCACACAGGAGAGAAACCGUAUGAGUGUUCAGAUUGUGGGAAAGGUUUCAGUCAGAACUUUCGCCUGGUGAUACACCAGAGGACUCACACCAGAGAGAAACCAUAUGAAUGUCCGGAUUGUGGGAAAAGUUUCAGUCGAAACUCUUGCCUCGUGAUACAUCAGAGGACUCACACUGGGGAGAAACCAUAUGACUGUCCAGAUUGUGGGAAAAGUUUCAAUAAUAAUUCUAACCUUGUGAAACACCAGAGGAUUCACACAGGAGAAAAACCAUAUGAAUGUCCAGUUUGUGGGAAAAGUUUCAAUAUUCAUUGUAACCUUGUGCAACACCAAAGGAUUCACACAGGAGAGAAACCAUAUGAGUGUCCAGAUUGUGGGAAAAGUUUCAGUCAGAACUCUUUCCUGGUGAUACACCAGAGGACUCACACGGGCGAGAAACCAUAUGAGUGUCCGGAUUGUGGGAAAAGUUUCAGUCAAAACUCUAAUCUGGUGAUACACCAGAGGACUCACACUGGGGAGAAACCAUAUGAGUGUCCAGAUUGUGGGAAAAGUUUCAAUAAUAAUUCUGCCCUAGUGACGCAUAUGAGGACACACAUAGGAGAGAAAGAUUUCAGUUGGAAUUCCAACCUUGUGCAACAACAGAGGACUCACACGAGCGACAAACCACAUGAGUGUCCAGAUUGUGGGAAAAGUUUCCAGCAGAAUUCCAAUCUGCUUAUACACCAGAGGACCCAUACAGGAGAGAAACCGUAUGAGUGUUUAGUUUGUGGGAAAUGUUUCAGUCAGAAUUCCAACCUGGAGAGACACCAGAGGACCCAUACAGGCGAGAAACCAUAUAAGUGUCCCAAUUGUGGGAAAGGUUUCAGUCAGAAUGCCAACCUAAUGAUACACCAGAGGACUCACAUGGGAAAGAAACCCUAUAAGUGUCCAAAUUGUGGGAAAGCUUUCAGUUGGAAGUCUGACCUGGUGAGACAUCAGAGGAUUCACACAGAAUGAGUCCUUGGAUUGUGGGAAAAGUUUUAGUUGGCAUUCCCACCUGGUGGAAUAAUAGGAAACUGAAUGU